CGGUGGAAAAUGGGGAGAGACACUUACAGUAGCUCCCACGGGCUAUUCCGCAGGGGAAGGGCGCCCCUGACGUUCUCGCCUCCAGCCUCCAUCCUGCAGGUUUGCGAGCCGUGUUUUAGGAGGUGGGGCUGCCCGCAGACCCACCCACUAGGGUCUCUAGCUUUCACCUGAGGGUCUGAGGUUCCCGCGGCGCACGUGCGGCGGAUACCCCCACCCCCUUGGUGGGCGGGGUCGUGCUCAGAGCCAAUGAGAGCUUUGGGGGUGGAGGAGUAGGGAAGCUUCCAGAGGGGCAGAUUGGGAGGAGUUUAUAAAGGGGGUACGAGCGAGCCAGUGGGAGAGCAAUGCAGUCCAAGCGGGAGUGUGAGCUGUGGUGUGAGAGGGUGAAUCCAGAGAACAAGGCGGCGCUGGAGGCGUGGGUCAGGGAGACGGGCAUCCGCCUGGUGCAGGUGAACGGGCAGAGGAAGUAUGGCGGGCCACCCCCAGGAUGGGUGGGCAGCCCGCCGCCGGCCGGGUCAGAAGUGUUUAUCGGGCGGCUGCCCCAGGAUGUGUACGAGCACCAGCUGAUCCCACUGUUCCAGCGCGUGGGCCGCCUCUACGAGUUCCGCCUGAUGAUGACCUUCAGCGGCCUGAACCGCGGCUUCGCUUACGCCCGCUACAGCUCGCGACGCGGCGCCCAGGCCGCCAUCGCCACGCUGCACAACCACCCGCUGCGGCCGUCCUGCCCGCUGCUCGUGUGCCGCAGCACCGAGAAGUGCGAGCUGAGUGUGGACGGCUUGCCGCCGGGCCUGAGCCGCCAAGCGCUGCUGCUCGCGCUGCAGCCGCUGGGGCCCGGCCUGCAGGAGGCGCUGCUGUUGCCCAGCCCUGGGCCGGCGCCCGCGCAGAUCGCACUGCUCAAGUUCAGCUCGCACCGCGCCGCGGCCAUGGCCAAAAAGGCCCUGGUGGAAGGGCAGUCACGCCUCUGUGGAGAACAGGUGGCCGUGGAGUGGCUUAAGCCAGACCUGAAGCAGCGACUCCGCCAGCAGCUCAAGUGUCCGUCUCUACAGUGCCUACAGCCAGAGGGCAGCCAAGUAGCCCUGGCCAGGGACAAGGGGCUGGAGUCCCAAGGGGCUCGGGCUGCCCUGCAGCUGCUAUGCCAACGGAUGAAGUUGGGCAGCCCACUGUUCCUCACCAAGUGUUUGGGCACAAGUUCUGGCUGGCACCGAUUCUGGUACCAGGUGGUGAUCCCUGGGCAUCCAGUGCCCUUCAGUGGCCUCAUUUGGGUUGUGCUGGCCCCCAGUGGGCAGGAUGGGCAUGAGGUGGCCAAGGAUGCUGUGUCUGCAAGGCUGCUGGAGGCUGAGUCUGGGGCCAGCCUCCAGCGGUCUGCUGCGGCUGAGGCAGGAGGUACCAUGGUUCAGCAGUGACCUAAUCCUCUCCCCAGGCAGCCUGAAUGAGUAGGCAGAGCCUGUGUCAGUCCCUGGCCCAGCAGGCCUGGGCAGCUGCUAUCUGAUCCCAAGAAGGGGAGGAGCAUGGGCCCUGCCCUAGGCCUGACACAGCCUCCCAGCUGAGGCAGGGCCCACAGCACCUCGGGGCAGCUCAAGUUUGGCUAAGUUGUGGUGAGGGAGCUUCCCUUCUCCCUCCCAGCCUGGGGUUUAACCUGACCCCAGGGUUGUUCUCUGACACACAGUCGCACACACACCCCUCUCUCCUCCCACAGCUUAGCAUGAAUCUUUGCUUCUUAUUUUCUUGAUUUGUCUUUGUUGAUGUUUUUAUUUGGGGGCUGGCUGAGCCAAAGGGUCAGAAAUCUGCCUUUGCCCCAACCACUUGGCAUUCUGGUUUUGGUGUAUGCGUAGUUUUGAGUUUUUCUAUGCUGGUUGUAUUUAUAUUAAACCCCUGGUUGGUUUA